GAGGCACACGGCGUCAAAGACCCUAGAGAAAGAAACUUUCACCACUUUUCCCACGAACACACAGAAACAGACCGGUUUUUAUGCAUUCGCUGUUGGCUGAGUUACUUAUACAGUUUUCAAUGCACAAAGUGGAACAUGCUCGUGAGUAUCAACCUCCAGAUGGUGUGUAACAUCCCUCAUCUCAUUAGCGGCCCGUUUGAGCCGGCGCUCGUGCCGUAUAGUUACGGCCGAUGGGGCAAGGGGCCCCCGCACGGCGCCACCCUAAUCGGCCGCUUCUUCCUGGGCCCUCCAUUCUCGCAAGCGUCCUGCGAGCGAAACAAAGCACGCAUCCCACCGUGCAUCCGCUGAGCAUCCGCGCCGUGUCCGAUGCACGUUCCUGUGCUCGCGGCCAGGGAAGCCACGGUGCGGUUCGCACGCAGACGUGUAACGCGCUGCCAGCGGCGGGGGCUGCAUUAGCAUGCGUGGUGCACUGAACAAUCACGCACGCUCUUCCUCUGCCCCAAAAAUACACAGCGCGAGAGCCAUUUCUCCCAAGGAAAUGGCGGCGCCGAACAAGCACCACGCCAACGCGUUUGUGGCUCGCGCGGCUUUCCCGGGACGUAGACUCACCGCGGCAAAACGAAUCAGUGGGCCUCAAUAGCAAGCUACGCCCAUCGCAUGCAGUCUGAAACGGCCAUCGGGAUGUAGGGCAAUGCCCGGCGGUUCUCCGCUUUGCUUUCCCCUUCUCCGUGUCUGGUCUCGAUAACCGGAGACAGUCGCGCCUGCUUAAAAAUAGGGCUCGAGGAGGCCGAGUCCGGCGCCUUCUUCCCCGUACAUUCCGUUUAAUGAAGGUCUUCUUGUCUUUCGCACUUUCUCUUUCAACGUCCGCUCUCCGCGCUGCACGUGCUGUUCACGGCCAAAGCCCGCUGCCGGUCAAGGCAAAGCCGUCUUUCCUUUUUCUUUUCUUUUUUUUUUCUGCCACAGACGGCGCUGCGAUUCAGGCCAGGAAGGCUGGGACAACAGGGAAAAAUGCCCGCGAAUCAAAGAGCCGACCAAAAACAAGACAAGCCUCGCAGUCCAUCCGUGCUGAGGCUCUCUUUGCAAACGAGGAGGAAGGAGAGAGGCGUCUAUAAAAGAGGGAUCGGCGUCAGUUGGCUGCUGGAGAUUCUCCGUGGUUUCUCAGGGACGAGCCAUGAAAGUUCUGGUGCUUGCUUUGGCGUUCUCUUGCCUAGUCGCCACCGUUAUGGCGGGCGGUUUCUACCACUUCGGUGGUGGCUACGGAGGUGGCUUCGGAGGUGGCCAUGGAGGUGGCCAUGGUGGUGGCCACGGUGGUGGAUACGGAGGUCACGGUUACGGCCAUGGAGGCCACGGCGACCAUGGCUUCGGAUCCAGUGGCCUGUUUUUCGUGAAAGGACCUGGUGGAUAUGGCCACGGCUUCCACGGUCUCGAGGCUGUCAAGGGUCCCACGUACUUUGUGAGCACGGAACAAUACGUUAAGAAGAUACACCCUGGACUCGCCAUCGUUGGCAAGCACCACCGCUAGCAUCUUUGUAUGACCCAUCUCGCUAUCGUGAACGUCAGCGUGGCCGCAUCACCCCCUGAGUGAAUCUUGUUGAGAGUAUGGAGUGCAAGGGCAGAAGACUGAGGUUGCAUUAACUUGUUUGUUUGUAUUUUGAUCCUAACACAUAAACCAAACCUCUACGGACUCAGUCGUCGCCAGCACCAGUUCUCACUUAAUCACUGUUUCAUGUUCAUUGUGUGUCACAUUCUUGAAUGAUUUUCCACUGUUGUAAAUAGUUUCAGUAUUAAAAAAAAGAAA